AUGAUGAUCACUGCACAGAUUCAUCCACACCCUAGGCCGUCGACGACACGACCACCGCAACCACCAUCGUCAACACCCGCGACACCUGUGAUCCAUCAGUCAUGUUGGAAAGAAGAAGAAGGGAAUCGUCGCCUGACAUAUGCGGCUGCAAGUCAUUACUCUACAGUCGGGAAGAUGGUCAAUGAGAAAUGCUCGAAGAAUACGCUCAUCAUUCAGAUUGCCCAGAGACAGGGUCAAGAGAGGCAUCCGUCUCUGUGA